AUGGGUAACCAUUUGAACAGGAUCAUCAAUGUUGGGAUUGUGCUUCGAGUUUUCAUAGAAUUGGUCUUGUUUAGCUUUUCAACUUCAGAGGAUCUCCCAGCAACUUUUGUAUUCGGAGAUUCCCUUGUUGAUGUGGGAAACAAUAACUAUCUUGUUUCCUUCUCAAAGGCUAAUUAUGUACCCAAUGGCAUUGAUUUUGGAAAACCAACGGGAAGGUUCACUAAUGGAAGAACCAUUAGCGACAUCAUUGGUCAGGAACUGGGUAUGGAUUUAACCCCACCUUAUUUGGCACCCACCACAGUUGGACCAGUGAUUCUGAAGGGUGUCAAUUAUGCUUCUGGUGGAGGUGGAAUUCUCAAUUUCACUGGAAAAGUCUUUGGUGGUCGACUCAACUUCGAUGCACAGAUAGAUUGUUUUGCAAAUACCAGACAAGACAUCAUAAUCAGCAUUGGUUUUCCUGCGGCUCUUAAUCUAUUAAACAGGUCGUUGUUUUCCGUGUCAAUAGGCGCAAACGAUUUCAUAAAUAACUACCUAACACCAGCACUCCCAUUUUCUGAGCGGAAAACGGUGUCUCCACAAUUCUUUGUCACCAAAAUGAUAUCAAAACUCAGACUUCAGCUCACUAGGUUGUUCAAUCUGGGGGCUAGAAAAAUUGUUGUGGCAAAUGUGGGGCCUAUAGGGUGUAUACCAAGUCAGAGGGAUGCAAACCCUGGUGCUGGAGAUAGCUGUAUUUCUUUCCCCAAUCAGCUAGCACAGCUAUUUAAUGCCCAACUAAAGGACCUUGUUGCAGAACUCAACUCAAAUCUGGAGGGUUCAUCGUUUGUUUAUGCAGAUGUGUAUCAAAUUUUAGAAGAUAUUCUCCAGAAUUAUGUAGCACUUGGUUUUGUUAAUCCAUAUUCAGCUUGUUGUCACGUGGCUGGGAGCUUCGGAGGUCUGGUUCCAUGUGGUCCCACAUCGAAAGUUUGCUGGGAGCGAUCCAAGUAUGUGUUUUGGGACCCCUAUCAUCCUUCUGAUGCUGCAAAUGUUAUCAUCGCUAAGCGUCUCUUAGAUGGCGGUUCCAAUUAUAUUUGGCCACGUAACAUUCGAGGACUCGUUCAAUCUUGA